UUCUUUUAUUAUCGUUCGUACUCGUAUAAAUCUUUAACGAUGAUAGAAAAACUCGUUAAAUAGAUAAAUUUUAUAUCAAAAUGCGAUAUAAAAUUCAUUUGAAUAUUUUCUAGAUGGGAGUCGUCUUUUGUAAAUAAGAAAUAAAUAAAAAAUGUGAUAAUUUAUAAGAAGGUAAAAAGGAAAAAAAAUAUAUGCGCUCGUACAACGUACAGUAAAUAUAUUAAGCAACUGGUAUAUCUCUUCUUGGCGCGUGUGUAUGUGUGUAUAUAUAUAUAAAGCAAGGUGAUCGAACGUUACCAUAGAAAAGUGAGCAUAUAGAACUGCGCGUAUCUCUGUCUUAAGGAGAAGGUCUAACGACGACGCCCUUUGGAUUUUCAUCGAGAUUUUUUUCUCUUCGUACUACCGUUCGUAUCGAAAGUAAAGAUUCUUUUUCUCCAUAUCUUAGCCGUAGAAAAGCGACGACGCGUUAACGAAAAAACGCAAUCUGCUUUCGGUUCGCUUGCGCGUGUCGUACGCUCGUGUAACGCUCGACGAGAAGAGGUUAGAACAAUAGGAAAUAUUACGAACAACACGUACACGUGCGUAUCGUACGUUCAAAGAGAACGUUGAACAUGUUCUCCUCCGCUAUAAGAAGGAGAUUGUUUGUCCUCUGCAGCAAUGGAUUUUACCACAAAGGCACGAAAUUCGCACCUCUCGCCAAGAUACCUUCGUUUGGAAUGACGAACACAAAGACCCGGAUGACGGCGCAUUUCAUGACAGAAGCAACCAACGCAAUAAACGAACACGAAAUUAGCGAAUUGAUGAAUGUAUGGCCCGCUCUCCUUCACGAUCUUAUUAAUACAGAUCAUUACUUAGAUUUACCUGAUGUCUCCAAGUGGAUGGUCAAGUCAUUGCAGUAUAAUGUUCUCCACGGAAGGAAAAGGCGAGCAUUGACCUUGAUUCGUACUUAUCAAAUGCUUACACCUCAAGAAAAACUGACAAAUGAAAAUAUUCACCUAGUGCGUAUACUAGGCUGGUGCAUGGAAUUGCUUCAAGGAUUUCUAUUGAUAAUAGACGAUAUUCAAGAUAAAUCUCAAAUACGAAGAAAUCAACCUUGUUGGUAUCUUUUUGAUGAUAUUGGUCUAGCAGCCAUUAACGAUGGAUUUAUGAUAGAAAACACUAUUUAUCAAAUAUUAAAACUUUAUUUCAAAGAAAAAGAAUAUUAUGUCGACUUAGUGGAGUUAUUUCAUGACUAUAUCUUGAAGACGACAAUAGGACAAUGUUUAGAUCUAUUAUCGACCAAUUUUGGUAAGACAGCAAAUUUAGAUGUAUUUACGAUGGAUCGAUAUAAUUCAAUCAUCAAGAACAAAACGGCCUAUUAUGCCUUUGUGCUACCAGUUAAGUUGGCUAUGUGUGCAGCGAACGUGAAAGAUCCAGAACUGCACAGACAAGUAGAAGCACUUUUAUUAGAGAUGGGCCACUUUUAUCAAAUUCAAGAUGAUUAUCUGGAUUGUUAUGGCGAUACAAAAAUUAUUGGUAAAAAUUCUACGGAUAUACAGGAGGGAAAAUGCACGUGGCUAAUAGUUUCUGCUUUGCAACGUGUCACUCCUGAACAAAGAAAAAUAUUAGAAGAAUGUUAUGGCUCUGAAGAUUUGGAAAAAGUCAGGCGAGUGAAAAAUCUAUACGAUGAUUUAGAUUUGCCAAACGCUUAUUCCAUAUUUGAAAAGGAAACAUAUAAUCUGAUUAUGGCCCACAUAAAACAACUACCAAACAGCUUACCACAGAAUUUCUUUUCUGAUAUAUUGAGAAAGAUAUAUCAUAGGAAAAACUAAAUAUAUUUUUUAUAAUCAUUUUGUCACAGGGAUUAUUGCGUAAGAAAUUUAUCAACUUAAGUUAUGAUAAUUAUUAUAUAUUAAGACUACCUUCCCUUUCAUCUACGUCCUACUAUCUACUAUCCUUUGAGGUGCAAUAGUUAUCAUCGAAACUUAAUAUAUGUACGUUAUAUGUGUACGAUUAUAAUUAUAUAAAUUGAUUGCAGAAUAUUGGUGAUAGAUUAAUAAUAUUUUAUACGAUUUUACUAUGUGGUUUGAUAAAAAAAUAAAUGAUAAUUAUACAACAAAGCAUGCUCGUAGAAACAUCUGUGGGUUGUGCGCAUGUGGAUGUGUAAUAGAAAAAUGAUUCCGAA